GAGAAAUUUAUCAUGCGCUAUAUAUCAGAUACAUACAGUGAAAGAUCCAUAUUGUCAUUUGAAGAAAAAUUAUGAAAGCGAAAGGACCGUCUUUCAGUUUCUUAGUUGCAAAUGUGAUAUUAGAGAAGCAACCUUGAAAUCAGAACAGUGCGAUGCCGGGAUCAAUUCUGAAUCUAUUCUAGCGUCAGAGAACUGGGUUCGGUCACCUUGCUUUUUUACCAGUAUUACUGGUCAUCAUCCUCUAUUUAUUGGAGAAAGAAUUACCUUAAGUGGGAAGUCCAGAGAGGAAACGGAAGAAAUGCCAAUUUGUGCAAUGGCCUUAUUGAUCGGUAAUUCCGGCCUAUUUUAUCGCUUUUACAAUGUGCGCUACUCUCAAUUUCAAGAUGAAAUCCCAUUAAGGAAACGUUUUUCUGUGACUAAACAAGGAAAUUAUACAACCUAUACAACACUGUGUCGAGCCAAUGGAAGCUAUCCUUGCAAUAGUACAUUUACUGGAUUUGAUAACUCAUCAACUAAGCUAUUCGGUACAUUUGGGUUCCAAAAGAAAAAACCACGGUUUUAUCAUCAAUGCGUUGUGUCUGAAAAAGCAAAAACAACCGUAACGAAAUGUUUUUCAACAGCUGGCUGCUUUUUCUUCAGUUAUCUCUAUUCACAGGAAACACUGGUCAGUAAAGCGGAAGCACUUGGGAUUGUAUGA